AUGGGUGAUUAUUCGAAUGCAUUUUCGUCUCAUCGAAAAGCACUGAAAAUCUAUCAAGAAACUCUUCCUAUAUAUCAUCCUCAUUUGGCUACUUCGUAUAACAACAUUGGUUUGGUGUACAGUAAAAUGGAUGAUUAUUCAAAUUCACUUUUAGCGCACGAAAAAGCACUGGAAAUUCGUAAAAAUAUUCUUCCUCCAAAUCAUCCUGAUUUAGCUACUUCUUACAACAACAUUGGCAUGUUGUACGCUAAAAAAGGAGAACUUUCAAAAGCUCUUCUACUUCAUGAACGUGCUCUUGAAAUUGGACAGCAUUCACUACCUCAAAAUCAUCAAGAUAUUCUACUGUAUAAACAUAACAUCCAAUUGAUAAAGAAUAAAUUGUAA